AGUCCGACCUGUCUGUCUCUGACAGACGUGGUGUCAUUAGAGCAUCCAUGGUUGGUCACGCACAAGCGAUUCCCCAUAGUGAAACACCUCACUCUGUUAUUAAAGAACCGAGGUUACGUUAAGUAACCCAAAGUUUUAGAGCAUCGAGAAGCAAACAAAGUUUACUCUGCUGCUGAAUCCACCAGUUUAAGAUGAACGUGUGUGUGAGCUGAAUCAGCAGAAUGGGUCAGAGGACCAAAGGGAGACCAGCCUCUAUUGCUCCUACAUCGCAGCCUGGACCUGAACCUGAGCUGGGACCUGAGUCCAGCUGUGUGUCCUGGAGGAGUGACUGGUCAAAUGGCCACAUCAUUAAUUUCAAAGAACCACAGCGCUCUGCUGCAGAGAGCACUGAAAGGAAAUCAGAAUAUACUGGACUUGAACAUGAUCCAGGACCUGAGUCCAGCUGUGUGUCCUUGAAGAGUGACUGGUCAAAUGAGCGCUUCAUUAAUUUCAAAGGACCACAGUCCUCUGCUGCAAAGAGGACCAAAAGGAAAUCAGAAUCUUCUGGACCUGAUCCUGAGCCAGGACCCGAGUCCAGCUGUGUGUCCUUGAAGAGUGACCGGUCAAAUGACCACAUCAUUAAUUUCAAAGAACCACAGCCCUCUGCUGCAAAGAGGCCCAAAAAGAGACCAGCCACUACUGGACCUGAGUCCAGCUGUGCUUCCUUGGAGAGUGACCGGUCAAAUGGCCGCUUCAUUAAUUUCAAAGGACCACAGCCCUCUGCUGCAAAGAGGGUUGUCCUGGAGAGCUCAAAGACAACUGGUGGUCAGUCUGCCCAGCAGGAUCAAACAGACAUGGAGUCUGUAUUUAUGGUGCUUGAAGACAACAUUAUCACUUUUGUGAGGAAGGAGCUAAAGAAGAUCUGGAAGGUUCUGAUUUCAGAUUACCAUGAAGACUCAGAGAGCGAUGAGGGAAGGUGGGAUGCUGAAGAUGAAUACCAAAGGAACUGUGAAAAGGCAUUUCUUCAGAUCACAGUGGACUUCCUGAAGAGAAUGAAGCAGGAGGAGAUGGCUCACUGUCUGCAGAGCAGAAGUCCUGCUGGAAUUUGUCAGCGUGAUCUGAAAUCUAACUUGAAAACAAAGUACCAGUGUGUGUUUGAGGGGAUCGCUAAAGCAGGAAACCCAACCCUUCUGAACCAGAUCUACACAGAGCUCUACAUCACAGAGGGAGGGACUGGAGAGGUCAAUGAUGAACAUGAGGUCAGACAGAUUGAAGCAGCAUCCAGGACACCACACAGACCAGAGACCACCAUCAGACAAGAAGACAUCUUUAAAGGCUCACCUGGAAGAGAUCAACCAAUCAGAACAGUGCUGACAAAGGGAGUGGCUGGCAUCGGGAAAACAGUCUUAACACAGAAGUUCACUCUGGACUGGGCUGAAGACAAAGACCACCAGGACAUCCAGUUCACAUUCCCCUUCACUUUCAGAGAGCUGAAUGUAGUGAGAGAGAGAAAGUUCAGCUUGGUGGAACUUGUUCAUCACUUCUUUACUCAGACCAGAGAAGCAGGACUCUGCAGGUUUGAAGAGUUCCAGGUUGUGUUCAUCUUUGACGGUCUGGAUGAGUGUCGACUUCCUCUGGACUUCCACAACAAUCAGAUCCUGACUGAUGUUACAAAGACCACCUCAGUGGAUGUGCUGCUGACAAACCUCAUCAGGGGGAACCUGCUCCCCUCUGCUCGCCUCUGGAUCACCACACGACCUGCGGCAGCCAAUCAGAUCCCUCCAUGGUGUGUUGACAUGGUGACAGAGGUCAGAGGGUUCACUGACCCUCAGAAGGAGGAGUACUUCAGGAAGAGGUUCAGAGACCAGGAGCAGGCCAGCAGAAUCAUCUCCCACACCAAGACAUCCCGAAGCCUCCACAUCAUGUGCCACAUCCCGGUCUUCUGCUGGAUCACUGCUACAGUUCUGGAGGAUGUGCUGAAGACAAGAGAGGGAGGAGGGCUGCCCAGGACCCUGACUGAGAUGUACAUCCACUUCCUGGUGGUCCAGUCCAAACUGAAGAGCAUCAAGUACAAUGGAGGAGCUGAGACUGAUCCACUCUGGAGUACAGAGAGCAAAAAGAUGAUCCAGUCUCUGGGAAAACUGGCUUUUGAUCAGCUGCAUAGAGGAAACCUGAUCUUCUAUGAGUCCGACCUGACAGAGUGUGGCAUCAACAUCAAGGAAGCCUCAGUGUACUCAGGAGUGUUCACACAGAUCUUCAGAGAGGAGAGAGGACUGUACCAGGACAAGGUGUUCUGCUUCAUCCACCUGAGCGUUCAGGAGUUUCUGGCUGCUCUUCAUGUCCAUCUGACCUUCACCAACUCUGGUUCUGAGCUCAUGUUUGAGAAUUCUCCACGGAUGUACCUUGUCAAUUCAGUGGUUAAGUACUUCCAGGGUGCUGUGGACCAGGCCUUAGAGAGUCCAAACGGACACCUGGACUUGUUCCUGCGCUUCCUCUUUGGUCUUUCACUGCACUCCAAUCAAACUCUCCUGAGAGGUCUGCUGAAACAGACAUUUAGUAGCACAGUAGCUAAUCUGACAAUGGUGGAUAACAUCAAGAAGAAGAUCAAUGAGGAUCUGUCUGCAGAGAAAUGCAUUAACCUGUUCCACUGUCUGAAUGAACUGAAUGAUUGUUCUCUAGUGGGGGAGAUCCAACAGUCCCUGAGAUCAGGACGUCUCUCCACAGGUUAUCUGUCUCCUGCUCAGUGGUCAGCUCUGGUCUUCAUCUUACUGACAUCAGAGCAAGAUCUGGACGUGUUUGACCUGAAGAAAUACUCUGCUUCAGAGGAGGCUCUUCUGAGGCUGCUGCCAGUGAUCAAAGCCUCCAACAAAGCUCUGCUGAGUGGAUGUGACCUGUCAGAGAGAAGCUGUGAAGCUCUGUCCUCAGUCCUCAGCUCACAGUCCUCCAGUCUGAGAGAGCUUGACCUGAGUAACAAUGAACUGCAGGAUUCAGGAGUAGAUCUGCUAUGUGCUGGGCUACAGAGUCCAAACUGCAAAGUUGAAAGCCUCAGACUAAGUGGAUGUGCCCUCUCUGGAAGAAGCUGUGAAGCUCUGUCCUCAGUCCUCAGCUCACAGUCCUCCAGUCUGAGAGAGCUGGACCUGAGUAACAACGACCUGCAGGAUUCAGGAGUGGAGAAGCUGUCUGCUGGGCUACAGAGUCCAAACUGUAAAGUUGAAACUAUCAGACUAAGUGGAUGGGCCCUCUCUGGAAGAAGCUGUGAAGCUCUGUCCUCAGUCCUCAGCUCUCAGUCCUCCAGUCUGAGAGAGCUGGACCUGAGUAACAACGACCUGCAGGAUUCAGGAGUGGAGAAGCUGUCUGCUGGGCUACAGAGUCCAAACUGUAAAGUUGAAACUAUCAGGCUUUCAGGCUGUAUCCUCACAGAGCAUGGCUGUGCUUAUCUGGCCUCUGCUCUGAGAUCCAACCCUUCCCAUCUGAGAGAGCUGGACCUGAGUUACAAUCAGCCAGGAACCUCAGGUGUGACCCUGCUGUCUGCUCCUGACUUCAGACUGAAAACUCUCAGGUUGGAGCCUGCUGGAGCUGAGUGGUUGAGACCAGGUCUGAAAAAGUAUUAUCGUGACCUUACAGUUGACACAAACACAGUGCACAGAAACCUCAGACUGUCUAACAACAACAGGAUGGUGAAACGUGUGGAGGAGGAUCAGGCAUAUCCUGAUCAUCCUGAGAGGUUCGACCACCGCUGUUGGGCUCAGCUGCUGUGUAGAGAAGGUCUGACUGGUCGCUGUUACUGGGAGGUCGAGUGGAGUGGAUAUGUUUAUAUAUCAGUGAGUUAUGGAGGAAUCAGAAGGAGAGGAGACAGAGAGGACUGUGUUUUUGGACAGAAUGAUCAGUCUUGGUGUCUGGUGUGUUUUGAAGAGCAAGGUUACUCUGUCUUGCACAACAACAUAGAAACAUUCCUGUCCCCCUCCUCCUCUGUUGGUCCCCUCAGUACCAGAGUAGCAGUGUAUGUGGACUGUCCUGCUGGCACUCUGUCCUUCUACAGAGUCUCCUCUGACUCUCUGAUCCACCUCCACACCUUCACCUCCACCUUCACUGAACCUCUGUAUCCUGGGUUUAGGCUCUGGGGUUCUGACUCUUCUAUGUCUCUGUGUUAGGAGGAAGAGUCUCUGACAGAGAAACCCCCUCACUCUUCUCAUUCUUCAACAGAUCAGUUGAGUGAGUGUAGGAUCACAGUCAUACAAAGUACUAAAGGGUACUGCCAAAAACCAUCAGAUAGCUUCCACUGCUGAGCAGAAGAUAUGUGGCUUUAUCUGAGCACCGAGUCAUUCCCUCAGCUCUCUGUGUCCAUGUAUACUUAUUACCUGGAUUCCAUGUACAGAUACAAAACAGCUGAACCAAAGAUGAUUUUAAUGAUGUAAGAACACUUUAUUCAUACCAAAGAGGCUCCACAGUUUUAAAGGUUGGUAGUGCUUCAGUGUUAGCGGUAUUCUUAUCAGCCAACCUACAGAUGAGUUAACACUAAAAUAAUAUUAAAAUGAUUCACAGUAUUUUAUUACAUUUAAAAAAUAGUUAUAUGUAUAUAUUACUGGAUGUGUGAAUACAUAAUGGGUCCUUGUACAAUUUGGUACUGCUUACUAAGUCUGGGCUACAAUUGUACAAUUACAGACGGCUAAAUGAGAAAUACGAUAUGUACUUUCAUUGUUUGUACGGACCUGGAUAUUCAUAAUAAUAAUAAAAAAAGAAUUUCAAAAAUGAUUCACAGUAAGUUAAAACGAUAGCGUUUUUCUGUUAGCAUUCUUAACAGAUGCAGAAAAUAACAGCAGCACCUGCACAAGGUGUAUUUUCUUCUCACUCAACCAAUCCUGUAACUCUGCCAAAGCCCACACCGUGCUGCAGUUUGUGGUCUCUUCAUGAACUUAACUCCUCUUUAGGACUGUCAAUGAAUAUUCUAAAUUUGAAUAUAUAUUCGAAUAUUAAAAAAAACGGAGAUUCGAUUGUGAAAAUGAAUAUUCGAUUGUGGGAAAAAACACAUCGGCGGCUGCUUUGCGAGUGGGCGCACUGCAUGACGGGUCAGGGACAGGUCACAGGAGUCACACAUGCACAGCGUGAAGCAGACGGCAGAGAGAAAUCUUUCCGUCCCCAGAUCCUCAGUGCGCUCUGAACGCAUCUUAUCCUCCGCUGGGAACAUAGUGAAUAAAAAGAGAUCUGGCCUCUUCACAUGUGGACUGUCUUCUUCACAUGUGGACUGUCUUGUGUUUUUGACAAAUAACCUGUCAGGCCUAAGACCCUACAUUCACAGUGGACUAAAAGAGCCCGACCAUCAGUGACACUGGGAUAAAAUGCAGUUUUCCUCAUUUUUUUAUACAAGCACCAAGAAUGUAAGUGGACUACUUUUUCAUUUUUAACUUUAACUUCAAUUAAUGUUAAUAAUAUUUGCUUCAAUCACUGAAUGAAGCCUGCCUAUAUUAGGGACAAGAGUCAGGACCUUUAAUUGCUCGCACAAGUCUUGUUCAGCACCAUAGACUGUUCUGCACUCACUCAGCGCAUUGCGCACAGAGAGGGGAGGGGGGCGAGUGAGAGGUCUCCGGUCUUCAAAGUGUUACGGUUUAGACCAUUAGGUCAUUUACUUGUUUGGUAAUGUGUAGGUAUUUUUUAGCCAUGUUAUACCUUAAAUAAAAAUAAUAAUAAUAAUGCGCACAUAUAGAUAUUCGAAUGGUUCGAACCUAUGGGUUUUUUUUUUUAGAGUGAAUAUUCAAAUGUCAUUUUGGAGCAAUUUUGACAGCCCUACUCCUCUUUGACUUAGCUCCUUGUGCACUUUAACCUCUCUUGCUAGCUUUUGUUCUGUUGUAACUCUGUUGGUCUCCUUGUGUACAUGUGUGAUCAGGUUGUCCCUAGCAUUGCCUUUGCUACUCAGCAUUAAUAACCAUUGUCAAGGGGUUUUGACCAAGACUGUCACCGUCCAAUUGUUUCAACCAUGGUAGAAAAAGUUGAGAAAAGUCUGUCUCAGAAAUGUUUCUUUAAGAUCUGAGAUCAAACUUUUGAUUUCACUUCAUCUGCUGUGAGUCCUUUUCUGGUCACAGCGUUUCUGAUGAAGGAGAUCUUUGAACGAGUGAUAUCAGCCUGAAUAUUUGUUUAUACUCACUACUGAGGAUAUAAAAUAUCAUUUAAAUAAACCAGCUUGUUUGUGUUCCAGCAGCUUUACCUCGGUUUCAGAUCAACAAAUGAAUUGUACAUUCCUGAUAUAUCCUCUUCCUCUCACGAGUCUGUGUGAUUUCUGUUUGGCCCUGCAAUGUCAUGCCCUUAUAUGGGCAUUUAAAGGGCAUGUAUCUCUGCUAAUUAGGAAGAUGGACCACAAGUGUCAAACUUAGGAGAACAUGGCAUUCACCACCAAUUUAAGAAGUCAGGUGAGAACAAUGCUGCUGUUUGAGAACACGUCAUGAAUCAGACUAUGAAAGAACAUAUAUGGAAUUUUUAUUUGGUUUAAUAUUCGUAACGAAUUAUUCAAGAUAAAGUUUCUUUUAACUGAUUUGUCAGGUAAGGCAGAACCAGAAAACAAAAGAGUGGCAAGUGAAGAAUUACCAGCCGCAGAAGCUUCCAACUGUAGCCACAGUGGGUUCUUUUCAAGUUCUCCUAAUCUGCAUUUCUAGUAUGGAAGAGCCCUGGAGUUAGCUGCCCAGUAGUAAUGUUUGAAAUUUGGCAGGCCGAGAUCCCCCUUUUUAAGAGGUUUGUGAAGGUGAGCCUUAGAUAUUCUAGGUGAUUUAUAACCCCAUAUAAAUGGCGUUAUAAUAGAAUCAAGAUGUUUUAAAAAAGAUGCGUUCAGGUAUAUUUGCAGGUUUUGAAAAAGGUUAGGGAUAGACCGGCAUCAGCCUUUUUUAAAAAUCUGACGGCCGAUAAGAGAUCAAUUAAAAACUGGGUUAUUUUGGCUCAAAAUCCCCUAAAUCACGUGGCAGUAAUGACACCAUCUGCAGAAACCGUAGCCUAGCUUGUGUUCCAUUUCUCCUGCAGUUUCUCAUUACAGGAGACGAGCUGAGCGGUAUCCGUUGUGGCCUCUACAAUUACUAGAGGUUUAAAACUCAUACAACCUCACUUUAAGAACACUGAAAUACCCCCAUAAAACAAAGAUAAGUGAAAGAUUAACAUUUCAGUUAUAUUGACAUUUUGGAAAACUGUAUUUUCACUUAACUUUAUAAGACAUGUUGCUGAGCCUGGGAGCUCCCUGCACUUUGUGUUAGAAUUUUAAAACAAAGAUAUCUAUUGUCUAAGAUAAAAAAAAAAACUUUAACAUGUUGCAAAACUGAUUUAAACAAAGUUAAGUGUUGGAGUUUGUAUUAUUCAAACUUUUGACGCAAAUAUUUCCCCUUUUACUGCAAAUGAAUAUCGGCUCCAAAUAUCAUUAAUCGGCCUCCUUGACUACUAAUGAUCAGUAUCAGCCCUUAAAAAAACACAUCAGUCUAUCUCUAAAAAAUCUAGGUAGGAUCACCAUUUGUAUUGCAUUUACCUGCCCAAUCAGAGAUAAGGUAUCCUCCAUGACUCAAUGUUUGCUCUGAGUUAAGCUAUUGACUCUAUGAAAUUCAAGUUAUAAAGGUGUUGUGGGUUCCUGGUUAGCCUCAGGCCCAGAUAGGUAAAACAUUCUUUAACUAUUGUUACUAAAUGUAUCCGUUAAAGGCAUAAAUUUGCUCUUCUUCCAGUUUAUAGUAUAACCUGUAAUGUUCCAGAGUGAGUUUAUAUAGUCUAGUAGGAUGGGAAUAGAGACUGUGGGGUAAUCCUGGAAUGCUUUCUAAUGAACAUGAGCCUUGUCAAGAGUUCAUUUGUAGAAUGACUUGCCUUCUUAAUGUGUUUGAGACCAUCAGUUGUGUUGUUCAGAGGUAGGGUUAGUACACAAUGGAUAGCCCUAUUUGACUACUGUUGUAAUCCAGAUUAUGGCAAAACCAGAUUAUUUAAUAUUUUUGAUGUCUUCAGUAUUAAUCUACAAAAUUGAAAAUAAUUAAAAUAAAUAAAAAACAUUGAAUGAGAAGGUGUGAACAAACUUUUGACUGGUAGUGUACAUUAAAGAAAAAUCUUAAGAUGUUGGUGAAUGAGGCUCAAUAUUUACAACCACAGAAUUAUUUUGAACAUGAAAGCUUUUUUGAUGACCAUUUAACAUAUUUACAUGUCAGUUAUUUUUAAGCACCAUUUCAUUUAUAUCAUGGCUAAAAUGAUUAUAUAAGUGAGCAUCAAUCACUGAAACGUUCAUUGCUCAGACUGGAUUUGAUUAGAAGUUGUGGGUCUUCGAGUCCGGCCCUCAUUAUGGUCCGACACUGAAAUCUGAUGUCCAUGGGUCUUUUGUUAAAUGUUAAUGAACUGUGCUGUUAUCCAGAGGUGUUUCUGUCUCUGUGGUCAAGUACCAGAGAAUGUGCAGUCUUCUUUGUUGUCUUCUGUGGAGGAUGUUUAAAACAUCUCUAACAAUGUGUCUGAACCUUCUUGUAAACAUCACCAGCCCGUUAUACCAUAUCAUAUCAUAUCAUAUCAUAUAUCAUAUCAUAUCAUAUCAUAUCAUAUCAUAUCAUAUCAUAUAUCAUAUCAUAUUAUAUAUUGAUGUCUUUACUGUAAUGGUUGGAAACUGGUUGGUGUUAGGCCUCUGGAGUAUCAACCUGAUAUCACCCUGUUUUGAACCCAACGUCCACUUUAAAAACAUGGUGGGCAAUGUUGAGAAUUUUUCAUAGUGUCAUAUAUGUAUGUAGGAAUGUUUAACACUUAUCCCUUUCCACUCUAAGUGUCAGGGGCCGAGUAACUUCAUCUAUGUCAUCAGACGCCACUGGGUGAUGGCGAGACAGGGUCACUGUGGUAAUCAAGGUCUUCCUCCCUGCUCCUGUCUUCAUCUGUAUGUUGGGACAGAGUUAGUGUCUCCAGACUAGAGCACAGCUCUUCUCCCCAAUUGUUGUUAAUUCUUGUCCAAAUAUGGGUAUCUAACUUUAGUGUUGUCUUUGGGAAUAAAUACCACGCCCGAGGAAUUGUCUGAAAGAAUUGACUUGGCAUUGAGCUGCACUCUCCUGCCUGUGUACUGUUAUGUUAUUUCUCCUUGAUCAAGUUUUACAUAAACUAUUUCAGUCUCCUGAG